CAUCAUAAAAGAACAAAAAAGACAUCAAAUCAAUAAAAAUUGUGGAUGAAAUAAAAGAAGCAAAGAGAAUUAUACUCUCCUAACUAUGGUAUCAAAAAUUAACACAAAAUAAUACACUUAAUUUUCUAUCAAAAAAAUUUAUACUUCACAUUAUCAUCUUUCAAUCUUUGUCAAAAAAAAAAAAAAAAAAAAAAAAAUCAACAAGAAAUAGAAGUAAAGUGAAAUAGUAUGGUGGUAAUAAGUGUAGCAAAUGAUAUAAAGAAUAGAAUGAGUAUGGUAAAGGACCGGUUGAUGGAGAAGCUAGCUGCUGCUUCGGUACCGUCCGAGGCGUUGGAGAAUGCUAGGCUUUACUUUGAGUCUGUGAUCAAGGAUGUUACUACGGCGGCGCAAGGUCUUACUAAGGAGGCGCUUCAGAGGAUCAAGUCUCAUCUUGCUGAUAUUAUGCCUUCUCUAUCUCCUUCUCUCACUUCUAAGAUGGUAGAUGACGCCGAGGAAGAAGCAACAACAGAAGAAAGCAGAGUAGAUGAAGGCAAAGAAUUCGAGGGUGAAAACAAUGAGGAGCUUAAAAGCAAAGCAUAUGCUUCUCCAGUAUCGUCUUUCUUUUCUAACUACCUAAUUAAGCCCACUUCAAAGCUCUAAGACUCUAUACACGAAUAUUGUAAGAAUCCUAUAGUACUAAUAUUCUAAUAAGACUAAAAUAACAUACACAUCAUGUGUACUUAUUUCCGAGAUUUUGUUCUAUAAGCCUGUGUGAGUGGAAGAAAUUUUUUAGCAUUCUUGAUGAAACGAAAUGUAUAUUAUGGUAACUUCUUCUCUUUGGGAUGUAUAAUAGAAAGCCAGUAUAUAUUUUUUCAUCUUUCUUGAUUAAGCAAGUUGCAUUUUUGAA